ACCCGUAAACGGAGACUGCGCGGCCGUCAAAAGAAUAAAUAAAAAUAGAACGGGCUAAAACCCUAGCAAUCCCCUCGCCGCCGCCGCCGAACGAGGCAGCCAUGAGCGGCGCGGGGGGCACCGCCGACUUCUUCUACCGCGAGGCGCAGCGCCUCGGCUACGUCGCCCGCUCCGCAUUCAAGCUGAUCCAGAUACAGAAGCAGCACAGGCUCAUCGCCCCGGGCGCUGCCGUCCUCGACCUCGGCUGCGCCCCCGGCGCGUGGCUCCAGGUGGCAUGUCAGAACCUGGGUCCGCUCGAGAAGGGCGGCAUUGUCGUCGGUGUUGAUGUUAAGAAGGUGAAGGUCCCCUCUGCACACUGCGAUUCACGGGUCAGGACCUUCUGUGCAGAUGUCAUGACUCUGAUGAAGCGGCAGGCUCGGGCGAUGUCGCCACAGGAACGAGGAUUCUCUGUGAUAUUGUCCGACAUGUGUCCAGCAGUUUCAGGUAUCACAACCAAAGAUGCAGCUAUAUCUUGUGAGUUGGGCAUGCGUGCUCUCUCUUUGGCAUUAGGAAAGAUAAAAGUAAAAGAAUCAGAUUACAGUGCAACUAUAGAGAAGUUUCAGAGCUCCACUGAGCCUGAUCCUGACGAGGAUGGUGUUCUUCGCCGUGGAGGCAGCCUAGUAAUUAAGUUUCUUGAAAACGAGGAUGUACCAGGGUUUGGCAAAUUUUGCAAAGAGAAGUUCAAGAAAGUAUCAUUGUUGAGACCCAAAGCGACUCGAUCUAGCUCGAGGGAGAUAUACAUGGUCUGCGAAGGUUUGCGGUAGAGAGGAGAGCUUGAAAAGGCAAGCGGAAACUCCAUACUAUUCGUUCUCGAACUGAGUUGAUUAGAAGGCAAUUCAGUUGCCUUGAAUUGGAGCAAUUGUUCUAGCUGGUGGCAAUAUUAUACAACUGUUUGAUCUUUCGAGGGCAAUAUACCGCAAGCUUUGGUAUUACUAGUUCUGUUACUUGUGUAAUAACUUUAUGGAACUGUGCUAGUUCAUGCUAGAAAUAGUGUAUCAUCUGUUAUACUAGAAAAUAGAAACAGCAUUAAGUCCUGGUUCUCCAUGAGAGAGAGUAUGAAAUCCUUGCUUUUACUGGUA